AUGGGGUGUCUCCCAGCACUGGCGCCCUCGCUCGCCCUCGCCGGCGACCUCGGCCGGCCUCACUGGCGGACUCUCCCAGUGCGGCGACUGCGUGAAGAAGAUGGGAAGAGGAGGUGCCUGCAAGCAUGUCGAGAUGGAGACGGAGGAGGUGCCUGGCGUGCAGCCCGCAACCGUCCUCGCCCCAGCGCCGGAGAUGACGAAACAGCUCUCGGGACAGACAAGGGCUACCGACAAUCCGACUUGGCACUACCGAAAAGCAGGCGCAGGUGGGCAUUUCUUGCAGGAGCUCAGCAGCCUGCAGAGAUCUGCAUAGCAUAUCUCCAAUUCAGAUGGAGAGCUCGAGAUGCCUAA